GAAAAAAGAAGUCUCGCCACCUCGGGAGCGGACCUGAUAGCGCGGCCCCCGACCACCAAUUUGUCCCUGAAAUACCGCCCUUAACCCGCCAUCAAUCCGCAAAUUGUACACUCUUCCAUAACCUUUUCUUCGCCAUAUAUCUGCCUUCAAUCCAGGGCACGACUUUAUACACACACCUAGGUGAUUUUUGGGAAGGUGCAACACUACAAUUGCCAAACCACUGUUUGGCACCACGGCAACAGGGAUUUCAUUGUCAAUAAAAACAAUGUGAGCGCUUACCCCAGUUCCAUCCCGCCCUACAGUAUAUCAGCAAGAAAGGUGUUGUGGUUGCUAAUCGUCAUGUUAAGGAAUUCUACUCUGUUUUCUGAAACCCCAGUGACAUACUGGGGGCAAUUCGAUGACAUCUCAAAAUACAACCCCCAGCUUAACGUUGUCGAAAGACUUUGGACUGCUUGGUAUGCUUGGAUGCAAAACGAUGUUCUCGCAACUGGCAUCAUGUCGUUUGUCAUGCAUGAGCUUGUUUAUUUCGGUCGCUCCUUGCCAUGGAUCCUCAUAGAUAGCACGGGGUUUUUGAAAAACUACAAAAUUCAAAAUAACAAAAUACCCUCAGUACGAGAACAAUGGGACUGUGCGAAGUUUGUCUUGCUCAGUCAUUUCACUGUGGAAUUGCCACAGAUUUGGCUCUUUCACCCAAUGGCUCAAUUCUUCGGCCUUUCGACCUCCGUUCCCUUCCCGUCUGUCUGGACCAUGGCUUACCAAAUCGCGGUGUUCUUUGUACUUGAAGAUACUUGGCACUACUUUUCUCACCGCGCGCUACACUGGGGUCCUCUCUAUAAGGCGAUCCACAAGAUCCAUCACCAGUACUCAGCGCCUUUUGGAAUGGCAGCUGAGUACGCCUCACCCAUCGAAGUCAUGAUUCUUGGCUUUGGCACUGUUGGGUGCCCGAUUCUCUGGUGUGCAAUCACCGGGGACUUGCACAUUUUCACCAUGUACGUUUGGAUUGUACUACGUCUAUUCCAGGCGGUCGACUCGCACAGCGGCUAUGAGUUUCCUUGGAGUCUUCACCACUUUCUUCCAUUCUGGGCCGGAGCCGAUCAUCAUGACCUGCAUCAUGAGAAAUUUGUGGGAAACUAUUCGAGCAGUUUCAGGUGGUGGGAUUACCUGUUGAAUACCGAGUACUCUCUCGAGGCGAGCCAACGACGGAGAGAAGAUAAGGAGUCCAAGAAGGCGCAGUGAAUCUCCGAACUUGUGCAUUUGGGGGAUGUGGCGCUGCCUGAAUCACGGAAACGAAGCUACUCAGUUUAUACGCGUGGAUGUUUAAGUGUCGGCGAAAGUUCCCGAACGGGCUUUUCUCAUACAUAGCUUAAUUCUUUUGAUGUAUCACUCCUAUACUAUUAUUUUAAUGCAAUUCUUUAUGCUCAUGAA